UGUCAUUCAAAGAUGACAGAAAUCUCAGCGGAAGAAACAAAAUGUCGAAGCGAAUUUGCAACGAAUCGCGGCCUCGUCCGAAAUGCCUCAGCGAGUCAGACUAUCACAAGGUGAGGACGGAAUUGCUGAGAAAGUUUGGAUACGUGAAAUAUCCGAACAGUGAGAGAAAAGUGAAUCAGCGAGCGUGUGGAGAACUUCAGACAGCAAGCGUGGGCGGACAGAAGCCGCGUAAUGACGUUGGUAGUGGGGGUAGCAGAGAUAUUUUGUUGCCUGAAGAAAGUAUUGCUGUUGGAAAUGAGCAUCCUGUUGCAACAUUGCCAGUUUUGUCAGCAAUCAGUCGAGUUGAGUUAUGUAUUCAUGAACGCUUGAUGUCACCACAGAUGAAACGGAAAAGUGAGGAAAAUCUCGACAUUCCCAGCAAACAGAUGAAGUCGUCAGUUAGUUUGACCAGUCAAGAAAAGGAGAAAGCAAAGAAGACCCAAACCAAAUUGUUUGCUGGACAGGAUAGAACAUUGAAGCUUAUUUCAGAAGACUGCGAUGAGUCACUUGUUCUUCGUGAUCUCAGCUGUUUUACAAAGAGUCAGUUGAAUGACAUCGAGUGUCAGUUGAAUUCAACCGAUGAAGUGUUGCUUGCUCUCUUGUUUGGCAACAACUCGACUCAACUGAGAGAUGCCAGGGAUCGAAUAUGUACUGCAUCUGACACCAAGUCUGAAACUGUAGAAGUGACAGGUGUGGGACUUAGCAUCUGCCACAACUCCCUGAGACAGUAUUACCUUAUACCAAUGAACUCGAAACAGAACCCUUUCUACGAAUGGUCAAAGCAGACUUUGCAAGAGCUGAUGAGGUCGCCCACUCGGAAGGUGUGCUAUGACAGUCAGGAGAUGAUGCAUGCUUUAGUGGCUCAUUAUGGUUAUACAUCAACAGAAGUUUGCUCAGAUUGGCUUCUGUUUGAUCCGGGUGUGGCCGGUUGGUUGUUGGAUUCUGACCAUCCGCCACAGUCAUUCAAGAAAACAAUUUCAUCAUUUACCAACUUGAAACUUGUGACAACAAGAGGACCUCACACUUCAUCUCAGUUUUGUUCUGAUAUUUCUCUACUCGGUCCACUCAUGUUCAUCUUGUACAGGAAACUGGAGUCUUGUGGUCUGUGGCCUCUGUUUCAUGACCUAGAGAUGAGGCUGUGUCCGAUUCUUGCCGUGAUGGAAGUAGAUGGUGUUCAUGUCGAUAUGGAUGAAAUGACUAUUCUAUGUGAUAAACUAAAGAUGGAAAUUAGUGAAAUUGAGAGAAGGGCUCAUGAAGUUGUUGGCCGUCCGAUGUUGCUCAACAGUCCUAAACAACUGCGAGAGUUGUUAUUUGAUGAGCUGAAAUUGGACGAAAAACUUUCAGGAAGAAAUGUUGUCAAGACGAUCACGAAUCAGGAGAAAUCAACAUCAGAAGCAGUGCUGAAUCAGUUGAGAGAGUUCCAUCCUCUGCCGGGACUCAUCUUACAGUAUCGACAUCUUGUGAAGGUGAAGUCGACAUAUUUUGACGGACUACUGCCUUAUAUCACUAAGGGGGUGCUGCACACACACUGGCAACAGACAGCUGCUGCAACUGGACGACUGUCAUCAGCUAAUCCAAAUAUUCAGACAAUUCCUCGUUUGCCAGUUGAGGUCAAAAAUGGAGAUUUCGUGUUUCCUCGGCAGCCGUUUGAAGCCAGACUCGGUUAUUCGUUCCUUGCAGCAGACUUUCAGUCUAUUGAACUUCGUCUGUUGGCUCAUUUCUCAGAAGAUUCUAACUUGUUGCACGUGAUCAAUACAGAGGAAACAACGCAUGAUGUUUUUACAAGACUGGCGUCUCAAUGGUUGACUAAAUCUUUAGAUGGUAUUGACUCUGCUGACAGACACAAGGCCAAGCGUGUUGUGUAUGCUGUCGUUUAUGGAGUAGGACAGGACAAGCUGUCUGACAUUCUGGGUGUCUCCCUUGACGAGGCUAAGCAUGUUAUCACCAGCUUUCUAAGUAAAUUUCCAGGAGUUCAGAAGUUUAGUCAGCAAUGCAUCAAUGGUUGUAAAGCGAAUGGUUUUGUGUCUACCAUCUUUAGACGUCGCAGGUUGAUUCCACUUAUCAACUCUGAUAAUUUUAGUCUGAGGAAUCAAGCUGCAAGACAAGCAGUGAACUUUGUUGUGCAAGGUUCAGCGGCCGACCUUUGUAAAGCAGCUAUGAUUCAGACUGUCCACAAUUUCACGAAGGUGGGAAUUGAUGGGAGGCUUCUCAUUCAGAUUCACGACGAGUUGCUUUUUGAAGUGAAAGACGAAGAGCUGACACAAGCAGCUGACAUGGUUCGGAGUGUUAUGGAGUCAGCUGAUGGUUUGUGUGGCAAUAUGGUAAAAUUGAAGGUACCGCUUGGUGUAACACUGAAGUAUGGGAAAAAAUGGCAUGAUCUUUCUGGUGUGGCGGAAUGCUGAGUGAUCUGGUUGACUUGUUGCUAUGAGAUACUGCAGUUGAGUUUGCCAUGGUAUCUCAUACUUUCACUGAGGUUUGCAGUUGGUACAUAGUGCACGUCUAAGUGUCUAAUUAGUGUUGCAUGCUGCAUGUUUUCAAUCUCAUGACAGGACUUUCUCAAAUUUCGGACCUAUGGACACAUAGUAACAGCGAAGUCACGUUUAAAUAUAGUCUCUUGCACA